GACAUUAAAGACUCCGACAUGAGUGAUUCACCACCACAAACACAGGACUUUCAGUCCAUGAUGAAUGCUGCUGCUCCUGCAAAGACGUUUUUCUCCAAAAUCCUUACACAACCUUGUCCUAUGGACUCUAAUCAGUCUGUGGGCCUGACGCCUCCUCCUGAUGAGGAAACCAGGGGCUCUGAAGUUUCCACCAAGAAACUUCCACCUCUCACCAAAUGCCACAGGAAAGGCAUCAUGGUGUUGCCAUGA